AUCUGUGGAUGUCCGUUGGAUAUCGGUCGACGGAACCCAGGAUCUGGUACACUUACAUUUCCGAGCGUUGAGGAAAUACUCAAGGAUAGUAGAUUCUGUCGUCGUCCGAGGAAAGACUGCAUCCAGCAUUGCAACUGGGUUCAAAGUAUUCUCGGUCUGUUUGAUGUAGAACUGAUGAAUCAAGUGCUGAAAUUGGAUGAGUGUUUUGAACGGAAACGGCAUUUACAAUUAACUGAGAGCACGAGAGGUGACGUGAUAUCGUUGAUGACUAGUGAACGUAUCGUUCAUGAGCCAUCCACUAAGAAUACGAACCCCGAACCAUCCUCUGAUGCAACGAAGUCGAUCACAUCAAACGAUGAUCUAAGCGGUAGCAAGGCUAAAGAGAUCGAUUGUGGGGACAACGAUGACAGCCAGAAGACGGCUGAUAGCUUGAAUGAUUCGGAA